AUGUGUGGCAGUAGCUGCUGCCCAUGCUUGCCAGGCGAGCCACGGCGUCUAGCGUGCACUGGCGUUUAAAAAACACCAGCCUGGUGCGCUACGGCUGCUUACUGUUGAAUAAUUAGGCACUUUAUGCAGACCUGCCCCUCCAUGCGCUCCCGGUCCGAGGUUGUAGCGCGGCGCUGGGUACGUGUGUUUGUGUUGGCGUGUGUUUUCUUGCUUCGUGUCGAUUGUGAAAGCAGUGUGCGUGUGUGUACUGUCGUGUCCGUGAGAGACCAGCGAGAGGGGCUCGGUACGCUCCUCGGGUUUGUUGUGUUGUAUUAUUGUUCACUUCUGUGUUAUCCACCCCCCCCCGCCCCAGUGCCCGGGCGAUGCAUUUGGUGGGGGAACUAGGUAGGGAAGAGUAGUGGAGUCGGGCGGUGUGUUUUUGAUUUUAUUUUUCUCGAGCCCGGCUUUGAAGAAGUAAAAGCCGCAUCUAAUCCACAGCAAGCGAGCUCGCUAAAAUAAAGAGGAGACGGGAACUGCGGCAGGCAAAAAGCAGGAUAUCAGUGGAUUUAUAAGUCGGGGAAUGGAAGCUUGGAUGUGGACAGGGAGAGAGAGGAUUCUGGCCAUUUGCUCCUGCACACUGUCAGCAAGCACAGAACUGUGCAAGGACUGAAACACCUGAGGGGAGCUCCGUUCUGUGCAUGGGGGGGAAGGAACACUACCCUACAAGCUGAAUAUCAUUCGAAGUGUCACGAGCUGACGGUAGCUGUGAGGACCGGUGCUGCCAUGUUCCGAAACGGCUUGAAGAUGUUGCUUAGCGGCGGAAAGUCCAACCACAAGAACCCAAACAGUGAUGGUGGGAACGAGGACUCUGCAGAGCACAGGCUGGCCAGUGUAGAUUCUCGACUCAACCGCACCGGGCAAGGUGGCAGCUCGACAGAGCGCGACUGUGCGUUCGAAGGAGACUGUGCGCUGCCCGAAGGCAUGCAGCAUAUCCGCAUCAUGGAGGGCGUGUCACGCUCGCUGCCUUCCUCCCCUCUCCUCGCCCACCAGGCCAUCAGCGUCAGGCUCCAGACCAUGAAGAAACUCACAGGCGAGUCAAACCAGGAGCUGGGGCCUCCUCCCUCGGUCGAUGAGGCUGCGAACACUCUGAUGACUCGCCUUGGCUUCCUUCUGGGAGAGAAAGUGACCGAGGGACAGAGUGAAUCCCAGUACAGCAUGGAGGAGCAAGAAGAGAACCAGAGCUUGGCAGUUACCCAGCGGAUUAGCCCCUGCUCCACUCUGACCAGCAGCACCGCCUCGCCUCCAGCCAACAGCCCCUGCUCAACCAUGCCACCCAUCACUGCCGGCAAUGCUGGGGUCAGGGACUGUGCCUAUGGGACAGUCACCAGCCCCACCUCCACUCUGGAGAGCAGGGACAGUGGCAUCAUUGCCACCUUGACGAGCUACUCUGAAAACGUGGAGCGGAGUAAAUACGGGGAGGGGUCUCGGGCAAACCUGAAGCCCUGGCAAUCGCAGAAAUCAGGCAUGGAUUCGUGCCUGUACCGAGUGGAUGAGAACAUGACAGCCUCCACGUACAGCCUGAACAAAAUCCCUGAGCGCAACCUGGAUGCCAUUGCCUUCCAAUCCGUGCAGUCCAUCCCUCUGUAUCUGAUGCCCCGGCCCAACUCCGUUGCUGCUACGAGUUCGGCUCACCUGGAGGACCUGGGUUACCUGGAUGAGCAGAGACGCACACCCCUGCGCACCUCUCUCCGCAUGCCCCGACAGAACCUUGGGGCAGGACGCCUGGGGCAGGAUGUGCGAGCUUGCACUAACAUCCAUGCCUGGCACACCCAAUCACUUCGGUUUGCUCCCUACCGCCCCCCGGACAUCUCUCUCAAGCCCCUGCUGUUCGAGGUGCCCAGCAUCAGCAUGGACUCGUUCUUCAUCGGGCGCGACUGGCUGUUCCAGGAGAUCGACGUGCAACUGCGCAGCACCAACGGCAGCACCAACCACGGCGUGGUCAUCGUGGGCAACAUUGGCUUCGGCAAGACCGCCAUCAUCUCCCGUCUAGUGGGCAUGAGCUGCCACGGGGCGCUCAUGAGGCAGAUCGCCUCGGACAGCCCCCACGCCUCCCCCAAACACGGAGAAGGGAGCAGGGACCUGCCCUUGAGUCAGCCCCCCUCUGCACACUCCACCCUCGGCAAUGGAAGCUGCCCAGGGACCCCCGAGAUGAGGCGGCGCCAGGAGGAAGCCAUGAGGAGGCUGGCAUCCCAGGUGGUUGCCUACCACUACUGCCAGGCAGACAACGCCUACACCUGCCUGGUGCCCGAGUUCGUCCACAACGUGGCGGCACUGCUGUGCCGCUCCCCCCAGCUCAUCACCUACCGCGAGCAGCUCCUGCGAGAGCCCCACCUCCAGAGCGUGCUGAGCCUGCGCUCCUGCGUGCAGGACCCGCUAGCCUCCUUCAGGAGAGGGGUGCUGGAGCCACUCGACGCCCUCUACAAAGAGAGAAAGAUAGCAGAUGAAGAACUCAUCAUCCUGAUCGACGGCUUGAAUGAAGCAGAGUUCCACAAGCCUGAUUACGGAGACACUAUUGUAUCCUUCCUGAGCAAAACCAUUGGAAAAUUCCCCCCCUGGCUGAAACUGAUAGUUACCGUCAGGACCACGCUGCAGGAAAUCACCAAACUGCUUCCCUUCCACCGAGUCUCCCUGGACCGCUUGGAAGAGAACGAGGGCAUCGACCAAGACCUGCAAGCCUACAUCCUCCACCGCAUCCAGAGCAGCCCUGACAUCCAGAACAACAUCUCCCUCAACGGCAAGAUGGACAACACCACCUUCGGCAAGCUGAGCGCCCACCUCAAGACGCUCAGCCAGGGCUCCUUCCUCUACCUGAAGCUCACCUUUGACCUCAUUGAGAAGGGCUACCUGGUCCUCAAGAGCUCCAGCUACAAGGUGGUGCCGGUGUCCCUGGCCGAGGUGUACCUGCUGCAGUGCAACAUGAAGUUCCCUACGCAGUCUUCCUUCGAGCGCGUGCUGCCGGGGCUCAACGUGGCCGUGGCUUCUCUGCACCCGCUCACCGAUGAGCAGAUCUACCAGGCGGUCAACGCGGGCGCCGUCCAGGGCACCCUGGAGUGGGACGACUUCCAGCAGCGCAUGGAGAACCUGUCCAUGUUCCUGAUCAAGCGGCGGGACGGCACCCGCAUGUUCGUGCACCCCUCCUUCCGAGAGUGGCUCAUCUGGAGGGAGGAGGGUGAGAAGACCAAGUUCCUCUGCGACCCCAGGAGCGGCCACACGCUACUGGCGUUUUGGUUUUCCCGUCAGGAAGGCAAACUGAACCGACAACAGACCAUCGAACUGGGCCAUCACAUUCUUAAAGCACACAUCUUCAAGGGCUUGAGUAAGAAGGUGGGGGUGUCCUCGUCUGUUCUGCAAGGGCUCUGGGUGUCGUACAGCACAGAGGGUCUCUCUGCUGCACUGGCCUCACUCCGAAACCUCUACACUCCCAACAUCAAGGUGAGCAGGCUGCUGAUCCUGGGCGGGGCCAACGUUAACUAUCGGACAGAGGUGCUGAACAACGCCCCUAUCCUGUGUGCCCACGCUCACCUGGGGUACACGGACACGGUGGGGCUGCUGCUGGAGUUCGGUGCCAGCGUGGACUCUAGCUCUGAGAUCGGGCUGACCCCGCUGGGCUACGCUGCAGCGGCCGGUCAUCUCCCCAUUGUCAACGCGCUGUGCCGGCGCCGAGCCAAGAUGGAUCACUUGGACAAGAACGGGCAGUGCGCCCUGGUCCACGCGGCUCUGCGGGGGCACCUGGAGGUGGUUCAGUACCUGAUCCAGUGUGACUGGACCAUGGGCGGCCAGCAACAGGGUGCGUUUACCAAGAGCCACGCUGUCCAGCAAGCUCUUAUCGCAGCCGCCAGCAUGGGCUACACGGAGAUCGUCUCCUACCUGCUUGACCUCCCUGAGAAGGAUGAAGAGGAGGUGGAACGCGCUCAGAUCAACAGCUUUGACACCCUGUGGGGAGAGACAGCUCUGACUGCAGCGGCGGGCCGAGGGAAGCUGGAUGUGUGCAGGCUGCUGCUGGAGCAGGGGGCUGCUGUGUCUCAAUCUAACCGCUGUGGGAUUGUGCCUCUGUUCAGCGCCGUGAGGCAGGGACACUGGCAGAUUGUGGAACUCCUGCUCACGCACGGGGCCGACGUCAACAUGGCUGACAAGCAGGGCCGGACCGCUCUGAUGAUGGCCGCUUCAGAAGGGCACUUGGGGACGGUGGAGUUCCUGCUCUCACAGGGGGCCUCCCUCUCUCUGAUGGACAAGGAGGGCUUGACUGCACUGAGCUGGUCCUCCCUGAAGGGUCACCUGACCGUGGUGCGCUCUCUGGUGGAGAGAGGGGCUGCCACUGACCACGCCGACAAGAACGGGCGCACACCCCUGGACCUCGCUGCAUUUUACGGGGAUGCGGAGGUGGUCCAGUUCCUGGUGGAUCACGGAGCCAUGAUUGAACACGUGGACUACAGCGGCAUGCGGCCACUAGACCGGGCAGUGGGCUGCCGAAACACCUCUGUGGUGGUCACCCUGCUGAAGAAGGGAGCCAAGAUAGGUCCCGCCACCUGGGCGAUGGCCACAUCUAAGCCAGACAUCAUGAUGAUCCUGCUCAGCAAGCUGAUUGAGGAGGGGGACUCCUUCUACAAGAGGGGGAAGGUGAAGGAAGCAGCCCAACGCUACCAGUACGCCCUGAAGAAGUUCCCUCGAGAGGGCUUCAGCGAGGACCUCAAGACCUUUCGAGAGCUCAAGGUGUCCCUGCUCCUGAACCUGUCCCGCUGCCGCCGGAAAAUGAACGACUUUGGAAUGGCUGAGGAGUUUGCCACCAAGGCGCUAGAGUUGAAACCAAAAUCCUACGAGGCCUAUUACGCAAGAGCCCGGGCCAAACGCAGCAGCAGGCAGUUCCCCGCAGCCCUGGAGGACCUGAAUGAGGCCAUGAAGCAGUCUCCCAACAACCGGGAGAUCCAGCGGCUGCUGCAGCGUGUGGAGGAGGAGUGCCGGCAGAUGACAGAGCAGGAACAGGAGCCGGAGCCGGAACCAGAGCGGCCCCCCUCUCCCCCUGCCUCGCCUCCCCCUCCUCCCCCUGAGCCGCGGCUGGAGGACAUGGAGCCGGUGCAGGACCUGUUCGACGAGGACUACCUGGAGCAGGACCUACAGAGCGAGUCUCUGUCCGUCAUCCAGAGCCCUCCACCUUCCCCGGUAUACACCUUGGGCAGCUCCCCCCUGGGGCAAUCCUUCGACUUCCGGUCCGGCCCGCCUUCCAUGGUCUCCCCGACCUGCCACAGCUACCAGCAUUCCACCUCCCCCACCCUCUCGCCCACCCACCAGAAUUCACACUACCGGCCCAGUCUGCCGCACAUAUCCCCGGCCAACCAGGGCAACUCCUACCAAUUCAGCCCCCCUCCGCCCUUGGGCAGCCAGGGCAAAGACUACCACAGCCCACCCCCUUCCCCGUUGCGCAGACCUCAGUAUAGGGCCAGCCCACCAGCUGACAGCAUCUGCCUCUACCGGCCCCAGUCUGGUUCCCCCAUCCGCUACCAGCAGGACCACCUGCCGGGGAGACCCAAGUCUCCACUUUCCAAGAUGAGCCAGAGAUCCUUCCAGCUGACCUCCCAAUGCUCCCAGACCUCGCAGCACCAGCAGCAGCAAGGCCUGAGGCUGCAGCCGGCCAAAGCCCAGAUUGUGCGCACCAGCCAGUCCAGCUCUGCCGUGCACUCCAAUGCGGUGAUGGGAGGAGGGGGUCCCUAUGGGCAGCUGGCUCACCCCAUCAGUAGCCGCUACCAGGGAGGCUCGGUGGACGUGGAGAGCCGCCUGGUCUACCAGCCCUCCCUCGAAGGCAGGCCCAUGCAGCAGGUGCAGGCCAGCAUGAGCGCGGGGGCUCUCUGUCAGCAUGGCGGACGAGGGGGAAUGGAAUCCGGUCUGGCUAAAGAUCUGCCUCAGCGACCGUCCUCGGCCUAUCGAGGGGGAGGGGUGCGCUACAGCCAGACCCCCCAAAUCAGCCGCAGCCAGUCGGCUGCCUACUACCCAGUCUCCUCCAAGCAUGAGCUGGAGCGCUCAGCCGGUUUGCCCCAGAGUCAGCUGGGCUCCCCAGAGAUCCCCCAUUUAGUCAGGCGACCUGUGAGUGCCAACCCUGUAGAGAUCAAGCCCCACCCUCCAACCCCAAGGCCUCUGAUCCACUCCCAGAGCGUGGGGCUGCGCUUCUCUCCCUCCAGCAACAACCUCUCCACAGGAUCAGCCUGCAACCUGACCGCCGGCUUCCGCCCAACCACUUCCAUCCAGCAGAUGGAGAUCCCGCUCCUGCCGGCCUACGAGCGCUCCUGCGAGGAUCUCUCGCCCACGCAGGGAGGAGGCGGCGGCGGUGGUUACCAAGCGGAGAACGCCCGCUCCAGGACAACCCCCUUCAUGGGCAUCAUUGAUAAAACUGCCCGGACUCAGCAGUACCUCCUCCAACCCUCGCGUCCCUGGGCUGUGUCUUGCCUGGACACGGUAAUCACCAGCCCCACCUCCCCGGGCAGCCUGGCCCAACAGGGUGGCGUCUCCUCCUAUAGCCCCCCCUCCUCCCUGGGCAACAUCGCCUACUACAACAAGACCAACAACGCCCAGAACGGCCACCUCAUGGAGGACGAUUAUUACUCCCCGCAGCAGCCCUCAUUCAGGAAACUCGCAAACGGCUCGCGGGCCGGAGGCAACGGAGGAGACAUCCUGGAGCGGGUCAGCCAGGGGCCCACCUACCCUGACGUCAAGGUGGCCCGGACGCUACCCGUAUCCCAGGCUUACCAGGACAGCAUCUACCGGCAGCUCUCCCGCGACCCCCGGCAAGGGCAGACCUCGCCCAUUAAACCAAAGAGACCUUUUGUGGAGUCGAACGUGUAGAUGUGCCGACGGGAGGCAGGGGGGUCUGGGAAAUGUGGGUUAGCAGAGACAGGCUUCCAUGACAACAGUACAACAAUAUUAAAAUAAAUGCAUAUACAAGUGUAUUUCAGAUAUAACUGUAAUAUAUACACAUUCGCUCAUUUUUCAAAGGAGAUUCUGUGGCCUUUUUACUCAAAAGGGAGUCACUAACACUCGAGUACUAAUGGAAAUUCUGGGUUUCAUUGAACUGGACAAUUCUACCGGUUUUGUUUUCUUUCUUUUUUCUUGUCCGUGGUUUGUAAAGCACACACGUUUCUGAGCUGCAUACAAACUCUUAAAGCUGAAAUUCUAUUAAAACUAAACACAAAAAAGGGUAUCGAUCUUUCUUGUUUUAAACCCAAUCUUUUAAGUGUUUUUUGUUUUAAGUAAAAGAUGACUUUAUAAUUUAUUCUGAGAAUGUUUGAUCGGAAACCACAACAAACGAAUAAAGAAAUGGUGCUCGUGGUACCACUUCAAUCCAGCAGGUGGCAGUGUUUUCUAGACCGCGAAUACAAUCCACACGAUAGUGCCACAAGGUGGACAAGAAUGGUAUUGAUGUCCCAUUUAAAAAACUUUAUAUUGAUAAUUUGGCACUAGAAAGCCAAUAUCUGUUACUGAUUGACCGGCCUAACCCCCCCACCCCACUGUAAUCCUGUCUGCUGAACUGCGUUGAUCAGAAAGCCAGGUCUCUCACUGCGUAGAUGCUCUGUGUAGAUACUGUUAUAUGGAAGCUUGGACUGAUUACCUGACUGGUGGCAGACAUUCUAUAUUGUAAAUGUUACAGAGGCAUAUGACAGACAUGUACUUAAAAACAAACUAAAAAAAAUACAGAAUAUUUAUAAUGAAGUUAUAUAUCAGGUUUUGCUUUUGUAUGUUUUGCUUUUGUUUAUCUGAAGAAAUUUGUUCUUUUUUUCUGGUGUUGGAAAAGU